AGGCGGAAAUCGAGGGACCACUUUUUUGGCCGCGGUAAACACACCAGUCGGAGACGCGUUCCACGCACCAUACCUAUGCCUAUGCUUCGACUUGAUGUGCGUGUGUACUGUGAGUGUGAACGCUGUAAAUAGAUUAUCAUCAGACGUAUGAGCGAAAUCACUGGUUUCUGAGAGCUACACAUUCCCUGUCACCCUUCACGAACAUGAGUUUCCCGUUCAGUGCCUGGGACUACAGGCACUACUCGCUCCUGCAUGCAGAGGAAGAGGCCACCUACUAUAACCAGUUUAUUCAGCUGAUGGAAAAGAAGUGCCUGGGACCUCGGCCUGCUGCAAGAGGUCGCCCGAGGGGUUCACCGGGCAGGCAGUCCCCGGAAAAGGGCCCCCGCUUCUCGAGCCUGAGCCGUCAGGAGCACCUGUUGUACCUGCGUCUGCUGCAAAUGUACCAGCACAGGGUUGUUGGCGAACCCACUGCCUUGGAGCAGGAGGAGAUUGCCUGCCUAGCUGAUUUGCACAAGCGGGUUGUCGAAGAGCAGAAGGAGUUUGCGGCCUCGUUCAGAGACCUGCCUGACGUCCGGGAGAGCUACAGCAUCAUCCAUUCGGAAGCGCUGCGCUUUGCCAAGGAGUGUCUGCGCCAAGACUUGGAGCGCCUGCUGCACUACCCGAGCCACUUCGAGCCACACUCUGAGCUACCCCUGGACUGCCUGAACGAGAGCCUACCCCGACUCCUCGCGACGCCCCUGCAGUUGGGUCGUUGUCCGGUCCUGAUGCGUCCUGCACUAGACGAAGACUGCUCCGUGGAGAUUGACUACGGGCAGCUGGCCCGAAGGUUCCUGUGCAAGGAUACAAAAGAAGCCGGCGUGCACCCAAGCAUCGGGCCGCUGAGCGAAGACAGUGUGGGCUUCCGCCUUGCUCUUGAGCAUCGGGCCAAUGUGCUGCUGGAGUUGGAGACAAUGGUGGUGCUGCUGAACAAUCAUGGGCCCGAGUUUGACAGCCCCUGGGAGCUUCCACUCCGUGUCAAACAAGAUGCCGAAAGCGGUCACAACGUGGCCUGCCUGGACGCUGCCAUUCCCUCGGCUGCAUUCUCCAAACGACGUAAAAAUCAGCUCUGCUACGACUUUGCAGCGCGCAUCUGCAUGACCUGCCCCAGCUCUACCAUAUCCAAGGUGACUCCGCAAGCUGGACAGGAUACCAAAGAAGAGCCUGAGCUCAUCGACGAUCUGUUCGGACCAGUCAAGGACAUGGAGACGUUUGGAGUUGAGCCCAAGAUUGUCCCUUUGUCUCCACCAGGAGGCAGUAAGGGAGCACCCCAAGAGUGCUCUGGUGCUGCACCACUUUCCGGAGGGGCCAUUGAGGAGGCACACUUGGAUUGUUCCAGUGCUGCACAAGUUCCCAGGGAGGGCAAUGAGCGUGCACCCCCAGAGGGCUCUGGCACUGCACCACUUUCCAGGAACAGCAGUGAGGGAGCACCCCCCGAGCACUCUAGUGCUGCACCAGCUCUAAAAAAUAUCUUGCCGGACUCUGCGGCCUCCCCCGACAGGACUGAGGUGAAGCUGAUGUCACCGCGGUUGAGGAGUUCGAGCAGGAGUCCGACAAAGAGGAUACCAACCACGCCCAGGGGUUCUGCGGAAAGUGGAUGCUCGUGCUCAUCGCGCAUCGUGACGCGGCGGGCGAAGCAGCAGUGUGCGUACUGCAGCCGACGGGCGAGCGAGUCUCCCAUCCGGAGCCCCACGCCGAGCAGCGACGGCCUGGUCAUCGACGACGACCUGGUCAUCGACGAGGACGAGCCGCCGGACGAGGGUGUCGGGCCAGUGGCACAAGACGCUGUUCCAGCCGAGAGACUCGAGGGGGUCGUGCCUACAGAGCAAAGCCAGACGGGAAGCGGGGAUGUCCGGCCCAGCGAAAUGGAACAGUUACCCACCGCCGUAGAUGAGGAUGUUCCAGACGAAGGCACCGCGUCGUCUGCUUUGAAGACCGAACAGGAUCGUGGUGAGGAGAGCUCGGAGCAGAAGGCAUCUGCAACGGAUCGUGUGGGAUCGGCGCAGAAUGCUCACGCCAGCACAGGAGCCGGUGGCGGCGACGGCGUGCCUCCUCUGCCAGAUGCCGAGAGCGUCUGCUACCACCUCUGGGAGAUGGGUGCAAGCCGCAUCCUGCUGCGAGUUCGGGCGCACGCCAUUGCAGAGAACGGGAACGACAGGUGGAGCGUGCUCUCCAAGUUGGACUACAAUGCCAAGUACGGCGCCGAGGCCUUCACCAGGGCAGAGUUGGUCCGGCAGAUGGCGCACCUCGUCUUCAUACCAAACAGCCGUCUGCUCAGGGUGCGGGUGGACGUGAGGAGCAGCAAGGUCCUGCUCACGGAGGAGUUGGGCACCGGCGACCUCCCCACACUCAGCAGCAGCUUCAGACCCGACGAGCUGUUCUACCGAGCAUCGUACGUGCUUGGCCGACUCUCAGAGCUUGAACCCGGACACUAUAUCCUCGAUCACAAAAAGGAUCGAACAACAGUGCAGGUGCUCAAGACAGCCGGGGAUAAAGGCUCUCUGGACCUGCACACCAUGGUGCAGCAGCGAACGUUUGCGCUGAACGCCGACUGCCUGGCGGGGCCGGAAGAGGUGCUUCCGCUGGAUCCUUGCGUCGUGCUGCCCGUGGCCUUCCGGGGAAACCAGAUCCCGGCCACCUUUCCUGUCAAGCAUCGAGCCACAAAGAAAGCCAAGAGACAGGCAGCCUCAGCGGGCGGGACAAGCAGCCCUCCAGAGACGUGAAAAAAGGAACCGCAGUUACGAGUGGAAAACAGUCCGCGAUAAUUCCAGUCAUUUGUGUUCAAUGCCACGCUGCCUUCGGUGCUUCUAUAUGUGUACAUAUACCCCUUAUUUUGCAUUGUGAAGUAAAACGAGGUAUUUCAAAA